AGUCUGUCACUCCUGUGAGUGGAGCAGUAGGGUAGGAAAGGGUUGUCGUUUUCUAAGCAGUGAAGUCAGUGUUUAGCUGCGUCUUGGUCAUGUCUGGAGUGUGGACUGUGCUGCUGCUCUGGGGCGUUGUCUUUGUCCCGGCUCUGUUGCAUGGAGCUCUGGUCAUCUCACGAGAAGACUCCACACCACAGGGCUCUGAUGGUGCUACAAGGAUACUAAAGAAAAGAAGUACAGAUAAUAUGGAGGUGGAGGUGUACAGUGUAAAGGUGGCCUGUAAGGUGGCGUCUCGUUUCGCUCACACGGUCAUAACCUCCAGUGCUCUGAACAAGGUCAACUCCUCUCAGGAAGUGUUCUUUGAGGUGGAUCUGCCCAAGACCGCCUUCAUCACCAACUUCAGCAUGGAGAUAGAGGGUCAGACGUACACGGGUGAGGUGAAGGAGAAGGAGAAAGCCAAGAAGCAGUAUGAGAAAGCUGUUUCCACAGGGCAGACUGCAGGACUGGUCAAGGCAUCAGGGAGGAAGAUGGAGAAGUUUUCAGUGUCUGUGAACAUCGCGGCCAAUAGUAACGUCACCUUCAUUCUGACAUACGAGGAGUUGCUUCAGCGUAAACUGGGCCAGUAUGAGAUCAUGACCCGGGUCAAACCCAAGCAGCUGGUCCAGCACUUUGAGAUUGUGGCAGAUAUCUAUGAACCCCAGGGCAUUGCCUUCCUGGAUGCCUAUGGAACCUUCAUCUCCAACGAGCUUCUACCUCUGGUGGAGAAAACAGUCACUGACAAAAAGGCACACAUCUCAUUCUGCCCAACAAUGGACCAGCAGAGAAAGUGCCCAGGUUGUGACGGCACCCUGAUUGACGGGGAUUUCUUUAUCAAAUAUGACGUGAACCGAGCUGAGACCCUUGGAGACAUCCAGAUAGUGAAUGGGUACUUUGUGCACUUCUUUGCUCCUCCGGACUUACCCAGAGUUCCAAAGAAUGUAGUGUUCGUCAUUGACAGGAGUGGGUCAAUGUCUGGAAACAAAAUGCGUCAGACAAGGGAAGCUAUGCUGACUAUCCUGAAUGACCUGCAUGAGGACGACUACUUUGGAAUUGUCACAUUUGACGACCAAAUCUCAACAUGGAAGGGAUCUUUGACCAAGGCCACCAUGGAAAAUGUGUCUGAAGCCAAAGGAUUUAUCAAAGAAAUACAGCACAGUGGAUACACUGAUAUAAAUGCUGCUCUGAUGAAAGCUGUGGACAUAAUGAUGAAAGACAAACARGCCAAGAAGUUCACAGAGAGGAGUGUGUCAAUGAUUGUCUUACUGACAGAUGGAAUGCCAAAUGCAGGAGUGUCUUCUACACCACAGAUUCAGGAGAAUGUCCGUGAUGCAAUGGGUGGGAACAUGUCUCUGUUCUGUCUGGGCUUUGGGAAUGAUGUGGACUACUCCUUUCUGGAUGUGAUGUCUAGACAGAACCAGGGACUGGCCCGGAGGAUCUACGAGGGCUCUGACGYCACUGUCCAGCUUCAGGGUUUCUAUGAGGAAGUAGCCAGCCCCCUCCUCUCCGAGGUGGACCUGCAUUACCCUGACAACCUGGUGAACUCUCUGACCACCAGCCACUACAAGCAGCUGUUCAACGGCUCAGAGAUCGUGGUAGCUGGCCGGCUCACUGAUAAUAACUUGGAUAACUUCCUGGUGGAGGUGUUUGCAAAGGGGUUUGAGGAGGACUUUAUUGUCAAAGGCCAGGCUAGUGCCCAGGAGUGGGACAUACUGUACCCUGAGCAGGAGUACAUCUUUGGGGACUUCACUGAGCGUCUUUGGGCCUACCUCACCAUCCAACAACUGUUGAGCAAGAAAGAGACUGGAACUGCGGAGGAGAAGGGGAAUGCCACUGCCCAGGCUCUGGAGAUGUCCCUGCAGUACAGCUUCGUCACCCCUCUUACCUCCAUGGUGGUCACCAAGCCUGAGACUGAAGAGGAGCAAGAGGAACCCCUCAUCGCCGACAAGUUGACCGAGGAUGAAAGGCAGAAAGCCCAGAGAUUGGGUCAUUUUGUACCCCAGGUGGUGAGCAACACCUACAGGGUGCAGAACAUGCCCACAUACUUUGUGGAUGGGGACCCUCAUUUCAUGAUUGAGUUGCCAGAGCAGAAGGAUGCACUGUGCUUCAACAUAGACGAUAGGCCUGGUACCAUCUUCAACCUAGUGAGAGACCAGCUGGCAGGUAUUUUGGUCAAUGGCCAGACCAUUGGGGAUAAGAAGGUGGCCCCUGAUGGCAAAGUGAACACCUACUUUGGUCGCUUUGGCAUUGUUCACCAGGGGCUGGGGGUGAGACUGGAGGUGACCACUCAUGACAUCACUGUGUCCCAGGAUGGCAAGCAGGCCAAACUCCUCUGGUCUGACACCGCCUCUCUCAAGGGAGCCAAUUUAGACCUGCAGGUGACCAAAGACCGCAGCUUGACUGUCACCCUCAGGGACUCGGUCCGGUUUGUGGUCAUCCUACACAAGGUGUGGAAACAGCACCCCUACCACCAGGACUAUCUGGGCUUCUAUACCCUGGACAGCCACCUCCUCUCCCCCAGCGUCCACGGCCUGCUAGGUCAGUUUUACCAUGGGGUGCAGUUUGAGGUGAGAAACAUGCGCCCAGGGGAGGAGCCAGAGAAACCAGAUGCCACCUGUAGUGAAGGGCAGGAGCUUACAGUGACACGAGGCUGGCAAAGGGACUUCCGCUGGGAUGUGAAGAAUGGAGAGAACGUCCCCUGCUGGUUCAUCCAUAGCAACGGCAACGGCCUCAUCGAUGGAAACCACACAGAUUACAUCAUGUCUGGACUCUUCAAGACCGUCUGAGCCUGUUACACUAGCAGUCAACCUCCUCAAACAGUACAUACAAUACAUCAGUCACACGUUUCACAUGGAUUCAACACACUGUAUGUGCUAUAGACAUACCAUCAUGACAUGAGAAUAAUUCAUAGAUAAUGUAAGAUAAAAUCAGACCGAAGUACAUUUGAUUAAAAGAUAAGUGGCAGGAUAGAGAACUGCUGUCGAAUACAUUCAAUGUUUUCAUAUUGAUAUGGGAUAGUGAUGACAAAAACCUGUUGAAAUAAAUGGGCCCACUUCCACCUAA